CCACGCUAUCUACCGGCGAGAGGCCGAAUCAAAUGGACGGUGGGUCUAAACAGAGUUGCAAGGCAUCGCUGUAUUUCUUUCUACUCUACGUCUUCUCUCUAUCCCGCUUCCCAUCUUCACUCUCCCGUAUUUCAUGCCCCGCCGGCUUUCGAAGGUGAUUUUCAUCGCUGCGCCGAUAUCGCACGAGACUUGACCGCACCCCUCCACUACACCCCACCACGGACUGGAUGAGCCACAGGCACCAACACACGCUCUCGCAAAGCACCGCGCGAUCCGAAGAUGUAGAUAGCGCGGCGUCGACGUACGUCGCGAGCGCCGAGUCGUCCAAAUUCCCCAGUCUGGACGAGGCGCGGCGGGAAGCAGGGCCAGAUGGACGAAGACAUUAUGAUGACAUUAGCGACGAUGGCGAAGACGAUCUCGACCUGCAAGAACUCGACCCGCUCGUGCUGCAUCCCAACGAGCAAGAUGAAGCCCCGCCGCCGCCGCAAGACGCGGUAGCAGUGAAAGAAAAGCCCGUCUCGUGGUCGCAGCUGCCGCGCAAAUCCCAACUCACCAUCCUCACGCUCGCGCGCCUCUCCGAGCCCCUCGCGCAAACGAGUCUGCAGAGCUACGUCUUCUACCAGCUCAAAUCCUUCAAACUGCCCGAUGGCUCCUCACCCUCGGACGAAACGGUCGCGCGGCAGGCCGGCAUGCUGGCCGCCGCCUUCACCGGCGCGCAAUUCACCACCGCCAUGUUCUGGGGCCGCAUGGCGGACUGGGAGCGCAUGGGACGGAAGCGCGUGCUCCUCGUCGGCCUGAUCGGCGUGGCGAUCGGCAGUCUGGGCUUUGGCUUCAGCCAGACGUUCUUGCAGGCGGUGGUUUGGCGGUGCGUCGGCGGGCUGCUGAACGGCAACAUUGGCGUCAUGCGCACGAUGAUUUCGGAGAUUAUCCGGGAGAAGAAGUACCAGUCGCGCGCAUUCCUGCUGCUGCCCAUGACGUUCAAUGCGGGCGUCAUUGUUGGCCCGUUGAUGGGUGGGUUGCUGGCGGAUCCGGUUGGCAAUUAUCCUGGACUCUUUGGACCUGGGAGUGCUCUCGGCGGGGAGGAUGGAGUAUAUUGGCUGACCAGGUGGCCGUAUGCGCUGCCGAAUGUGGUCAAUGCCUGCUUCCUGCUCGUAAGCGCGUUGGCGCUGGUACUUGGAUUGCAGGAGACGCAUUAUGCAUUGAAAGACCGGCCGGACUAUGGCCUGCGCCUCUCGCGGUGGGUGGGAAGCACCAUCUUCCGCAUCAAACCGAAGCAGGACUACCUCGCGGUCAACAAGCACGACCCCUCCGAAGCAGUCGACAUCGAGCGCACGGCCAAAACCCCCAAACCCGCCAUCCGCCGCCAGCUCCCCAUCCGCCGAAUCUGGACGGCCAAUGUCCUCUGCGCGCUGCUGUCCCAUGGCCUCCUAGCCGUGCAUAUCGGCACCUUCAGCAACCUCUGGUUCGUCUUCCUCUCCACCUCGCGCUACGACCCUAGCACCAGCGCAUCCCACCCGACCCCCCGAGCAACAGACGACCCACCCAACCACUACCGCCCGCACCUCCCCUUCCAAUUCACCGGCGGCCUCGCGCUCCCGCCUCCCUCCAUCGGCACCGCCCUCGCCAUCCUCGGCGUCAUCGGCCUCUCCCUGCAACUCCUCCUCUACCCGCGCCUCAGCUUCCGCCUCGGCACCAUCCGCUCCCUCCGCUACGCCCUCUGCCUCUUCCCCAUCUCCUACGCCCUCGUCCCCUACCUGUCCAUCAUCCCCUCUACCCGUCCUCCGCCGGGCCCCGCGUCCGGCGCCCUCGUCUGGAUCGGCAUCACCCUCAUCCUCUGCGUGCAAGUCAUGGGCCGCACCUUCGCGCUCCCCGCCAAUGCCAUCCUAGUCAACAAUAGCAAUCCGCAUCCGUCGGUGCUCGGCACGUUUCACGGCAUUGCGCAGAGCAUUAGCGCGGCUAUGAGGACGCUGGGGCCCGCGGUGGCAGGCUGGAUCUAUUCGAUUGGACUGCAAAAGGGAAUUGUCGGGUUGGCAUGGUGGUGUAUGGCGGGGGUGGCGGUCGUGGGCGCUGUUGCGGGCAGGUUUGUCAAGGAUGGGGAUGGGCAUGAGCUUUGGUUGGAGGGAGAGCGGGAGGAGUUGGAGGAGGAAAAUGAUUCGGCACGGACAUAGAUUGGGAUGGGGCUGUACUUUUGAGUGAGAUGCGUACAGGCAUGAUGCUAGACAUGGAUAGAGUGAAAGAUUACGAAUAGACGUUGAUGGUCUUGAUGAGCCCUCAUUUAUCUUUUCUCCACGGGUGCAACUAAAGUAGGUUGAUGAUAAACUAAAGUAGUUUCGAGGACAACUAAAGUACAUGUAGUUUUGAUGAUGAAACUAAAGUAGUUUCGAGGACAACUAAAGUA